UUUUCCUUACUUUCUUCCCAAGCUGCGCCGCCAGCCUUCUUCUCCCCUUCAUCUUCUUACUCCCGCGCGCCUCCUCUCCACCGAGCGCCUCCUCGCGCCCUUCUCCCUCUGCGCCGGAGCCGCCUCCUCCCGCGUCCACCUCGCCGGCCGCUCCGCCCUCUGCUUCCCCGAGCGCCGCCCGGCCGCGCCUCUCCCUCUCCCGUGGCCUCCUCGCCUCGUCUACCCAAGCUCGCCCUCGCUCCCCAUGCCGCCAAGCUCCUCCGGCCGCCUCCACCGCGCACGACGCCGCGCCUGCCCGUGUCUCUCCACCACACCGACGCCGCCUCCAUCUCCCCGUCGCCAGCGCGCCUCUUCCUCCCGCGCGCCCGGCGCCUCCCCUUGCUCCUGGCCGCCUCUCCCCGUCGCCCGCAACCACCGCGCACCUCUUCUCCACCCUCUGUUACUCCGCCGGUGCUGCCUCCCUGCUCGUCAAGCUCCUCUGCGCCGCGCCGCCCAACUCCCGUGGCCACGCCUCCGCGACCUCCUGCCCGAGCUCGCCGCCGCCGUGCCCUCUGCCGCCAGCGCCAGCGCUCGUCCGCUAGCCCCGCUCGGCCCAUCUCCAAGCCCAGGAAGCAGGCCCGUGCCUCUUUUGUGUCCUUUUCUGUUUUUUCUAAAAAUUGGUUACCUGACGUGUGGACCCCACUGCUUCUGUAUUGUGCAUGUGUGCUGCUGUUCGCUUGUCGUUGCUCCGCGUCGAGCCGCCUUGCUACUGCACUUCGUCGACGCCCGCGAAGACCACAUCGCUUUGAAGACGAAGCCGUACAACUACUUCGCCCACGAGGACUACAUCGUCUACGACGACUACGUGUAUGACUACCUCGUCUAUGUCGGCUACUUCGUCUACAUCGCGACGUCGCGACGAGUUCAAGUCUUCGGUUCCUACGUCGUCGACGACUACGUUUGUGUUCUUCUUCCGGGAUUCUUGCUCAAUUCCGGGCAAUUCAGUACUCCAGAGGUUCCAGCAGAACAGGUGAGCCGCUAGCUUCUUCGUGGAGCACGACGUUGAGUUCAAUGUUUAGCCAAGAGAUCCAGAUCAGGGUUCUGAGACUUGUGGCGGGUUUCCUUCCAGUUUCUAGCCUCUUCAGGCCAUACUGUAUUCUUGUCCGUACUCGGACAUAAUUCGACUUCCACUGAUGUAAUGUUGGGACAUG